AGGCAAACACUGUUAAGGCGAAAUAUCUGUUAGUAAAAUGUGAAAUUGGCCUCUGGAAAGAGGAAGUGCUCGUUUACUCCCACAAACGUCGGACAGGAGAUGAAAACGUCCUUGCAACUAAGACGGGGGAUUCACUUUUUGGUAUGACACGUUUUGAGACACUUUUCCUGGCCGUUUUGGCCCUAUCGGCCACGGCAGCUGCCACCAGAGUGGAACUUCAAUACGAGCCAGCUAAUAAAGAAGACAUAAGAAACACUCUACUUUGGUACAACAGCACUAGCUACAACUACUGGGCCGACCGUUUAGACGAAUUUCUUAAACCUUACAAGUUGCCUACUCCGAACAGGGCAGGAUGCAGCCACAUGCACCCCCCGGACCACGGCAAAAUAUGCAAUUACAAAACGGAGACCUGGGGCCCUUGCGUCUCGUCGAACCGAUACGGCUACAAAACCGGCUCCCCUUGCGUCUUCAUCGAACUGAAAAAGGCUUUCAAUUGGAAACCCAAGUAUUACAACUCGACGAAAAAUUUGCCGAAAGACAUGCCGGAAAGGUUGAAGGAAAGACUCGUAGAGCUGGAAUCUUCAGGGCGGAAGAGAGAGUGGAAAAACGUCUGGGUGACGUGCGACGGCGAAAACCCCGGUGACCGGGAGGCCAUCGGUCCGGUCUCUUACAUCCCCUUCCAAGGGUACCCAGGCUACAUGUUCCCCUACACCGGUCAAAAAUGGUACCUCAAUCCGAUCAUCGCCGUCUACUUCCAGAAGCCGUACCACGGAAUGGUGAUCAACGUGGAGUGCAAGGCUUGGGCGGCUAACAUCAAGAGGAAUGAACUUCAAGAAGAAGGCGUGACAAGUUUCCAACUGUUGAUAGACCUCUAAAUUGUUAUUUUGUUAUCAGUCAUUAACAUUAUCUCCAAAUUUGUUAUUAAUGCAAAAUCGCCAAAUCUAGCGAUGGGCAACUUGAGAUGUCGAUUUAAUCCUCUCUCAAGAGCAGCUUUGAACCAGAACUAAUUCGUUUAUUUUUAACGUUCAUAAAUCUAGCUCUAGUCGUACUCUAAGAAAUGUAUGCUAUUCGAAAGCGAAAAGGUAUUUUUCUUGCGACCUAUGAAAUUUUAAAAGUGUUUUAUUUAUGACAAACACCACAAAGGAGUUUAUGGGUACGCCUAGAAAUAAAGGUUCAAGAUGUGUAGUCUUUUUUUAGCAAGCAAAUCAUCAUUGUAGCUAUUUUAUGAUCAAUUAUUCUAAAUAUUCAAUUGUAAAUUAAUUAUGGUUUUAAUAAUAUUUUUAAAUAUAUGUGUUAAUAUGUUUUUAUA